AUGGCAGCGACCUUCGUCAGCACCAUCCUUGCGCAGCCCGCGAUCGCAUCGAUCGUGUUUGCGUUUCAGCUUGGUGUCUAUGAAGACGUGCGUACGGCCUUCCACGCCUGCAGCGAGCUCGACGAGUUCAUCGCUGAGCAAUGCUGCUACGUGUGCGACGCGUCCUUUGGCCAAGCGUUUGCGCCAUCCGCCGAGUGGCCUUCCGAUCCUACUACGGGGCCCGUCCGCUUUUCAGCGCUGGCUCUAAACAAGUCGCGCCGGGAUGACCGCCUCCCGCUGCACGUGGCCAUUUACAACGGUUUGUUGCCGCUGACCAAGCGCAUUCUACGCUGCCGCCCGGACUUUGCAUGA